CACUACCCGCAUCUGGCACCUUGGCAUAACACACACACCCAUGGACCCUGGCGACAGCAGCCAGGCUGCGCAGCUUCCAUCCAUAGGAGGAAGAGUUGUCGAUGGCAACGGCUUCCGUGGCACCGUGCGGUACGUGGGUCCUGUCUGCACAGCGAAAGACCCAACAACCCCAUGGAUCGGGGUGGAGUUCGAUGACCCUGCAAGGGGCAAGCACGACGGGGCCGUAGAGAAGCCAGACGGCUCGAGUGUCCGAUACUUCACGUGCGUCAAUGGUGGGAGCGGCAGCUUUCUCAAGCCGAGCAAGUUCUCCACCGGGAUUUCCAUGGCGGAGGCGCUGCGGCAGCAGUACGUUGACAUGAACGCGCCCCUCCUGGCACCGGAAAACCUUCUCCCCGAUGCCUACGCUUCUACCUCCAAGGGUGGCAAGAAGGUGCAGACAUGCAUGCCCUUGGGCAAGUGUGCCACUCCCUUCAGAAGAAAGAGAGAUUUAUGUCCGAUGUCGAGUGCAGAUCAGGCGAUCGAGUUCUACGGGGAGUCUAAGAUUCGGCAGCGGCAGCAGGUCGACACCCUGGAUCACUGCACGCUUAGGGAGUGCAGCAUUUCCAAAGCUGGGGAGCUGCCGGCGUUGGCGGAGGCCGCGGGUGCAUUCGUGAGCGUGGACUUAAAGGCUAACCUGCUGUCCGACUGGCAAGAGGUGGGCCUCAUCGCGUCCCAGACGCCGCUAUUGGAGAUCCUUUCUGUUGGGAGCAACAUGUUCAAAACGCCAGAGGGGGUUCCACCCUCCCUAUCAAGCGGAGCUUGUGGUCGCCUUCGAGUGUUGGAGAUAACAUCCUGUGGCAUCACCUCCUGGUCACAGGUGGCGAUGCUCGGAGAGUGGGCUCCGUCGCUGGAGGAACUCUACGCCGCGGACAAUGACGUUUCGGAUGUGUCCGACGUCGUAGCACCUUCGACGAGCGGGAACGGGCACCCUAGCGGCGAGAAGAGGGUAGGGGGGUUCCGCCGCUUGAUUGCGCUCGACCUUUCGGAGACGGAGCUGACUUCGUGGGAGCAGGUCGCGUGCUUCUCGGCCCUUCCGGCCCUGUCCACCCUCCUCCUCAACCACAACCGGGUGGCCGACGUCGACCUCAUCACUUCAACUACAACUUCAACUUCGGCGGCGGCAGCGGAAUCGGACGGUACUAACCCCGGCCCAGCCUCCGGAGAUCAAGUAGAGGGAGACAAAGGCGGAAAACACAACCACAAUGACGGGCAAGGUGGUGCUGCCUCUUCGAGCAUCGCUCCGCCCUUCGCGGUCCUUUCGGCGAUCUCGCUAAGCGGCAACCGGAUAGGGGACUGGGGAGCGGUCGACCGUCUGGCGGGCCUGCCGUCCCUGCGCUCGCUGCGGUUCAGCGGCAAUCCGGUCACGUCUGGCCUAGGGGCAUCGGAGGCGCAGGAGAGCGAAGAAAAGGGAGGCCAGGGUCUCACUAAGGGCGAGGCGGAGCAGCGAUUGGCCGAACGGCAUCCGAGGCAAGUGACUCUAAUCAGCCUGGCGGCGGUGAGCUGCACCGUGGAACCCAUUAAGAAGAAGCUUCCCGCCUCCUCGCUGACGGUGGGAAAGCUCAAGCAGCUGUGCAAACGCCUGUUCAAGGUGGACACGGAUCAGCAGGUGUUGAGUCAUCGCCCGGAGCCUGGCGCGUUGCUGUCGACAUUGGACGACGACGAGAAGACUCUGUCCUAUUUCUGCGUGGGAGACGGGAGCGAGGUGCUGGUGAACGAGAUCGACGAGAGGCAGCAGGAGAGGGACAAGGAGCGGGCCAGGCAGGAGGAAGAGGGCCGCCUGGCGGAGCAGCUGAGGCACGCCGAUGCCCUGACUGCUAUUAGACGCGGCCAGGUCAGAAAAUGCCGGAACCAAGUGUUGUACCAGUAG